GAACCAUUACUUCGUAACAUAACUAUAUAAAGCAUAUCCGCUACGCAUCUUAUUCAGCAACAAAAUGCAGUCGAGCCCAAGCCCAUCUUCCGGCAAGCAGGCGACGUUCUCGGACGAAUGCUGGUCCGAGGACGCCUCCGCCUCCGACACUGAAAACUUCGUCAAAACCCUGAACCGAAUCCGAGGGAAGGGCGUCCGGCCCGACCUCAUCGCCUCAAUCAUCACACACUACGCCUCCAAAUACCUCCCCGCCCUAGCCGGCGACGACGACACUCAGCCCCAGGCCGCCGCAUACGGCGACGGCUCGGCGGCGUCGCGGCGGAAGAGGAGGCGCUUCAUUGAGACUCUGGUGGGAAUCCUGCCACAGGAGAAGGACUCCGUCCCCUGCGGCUUCCUGCUGAGGGCAAUGCGAGUAGCGGGCGAGGUCGGGGCCGAGGCCGGCUGCCGCGAGGAGAUCGAGAGGCGCGCCGCGCGGCAGCUCGACCAGGCUCCGCUGAAGGAGCUGGCGGCGCUGGACUUCGAGGUGGUGGUGCGGCUGGUGAGGAGGUUCUUGAGCGAGGUGGAAGUUUCUAGAAGCGGGGCGGCGCUUAGCAAAGUGGCUAGGCUCGUCCAUAGCUACCUUGCCGAGGCGGCGGUUGAUCGGAAUCUGACGCUGCCGCAGUUUGUUGCUCUUGCUAGCGCCGUCCCGUGCCAUGCACGCGCCACCGAUAAUGGGAUUUAUCGUGCCAUCGAUAUAUACAUCAAAGCACAUCCAGGAUUGUCGAAGCAAGAGAGAAAGAAUCUAUGUAUGUUAAUGGAGAGCAGAAAGCUAUCGACAGAGGCAUGCCUCCACGCGGCGCAAAACGAGAGGCUCCCAGUCCGGGCCGUCAUCCGGGUGCUCCUGUCCGAGCAGGACAAGCUGAGCAAGCACAUUGACUGGAGCGGGUUCCUGGCCGGGCUUCGCAGCCCGGGAGUGGGGCUCGCCGCGCCAGCCCGGUGCCUCUCGAAGCGCGAGGUGAGGCAGGAGAUGGAGAUCAGGAGGCUCAAGGAGGAUGUGGCCAUUCUGCAGAGGCAGUGCCUGAUCAUGGAGAGACAGAUUGACAAGUUGUUGGAGAAAAAGAAGGGAUAUUUCAGCUGGAGGAGGCUCGGCGGCGCUGUGUUUAAGGCUAGUAAGAUCGGCGAAACUGUUGCCGGAGCGAGUUUGCCCUUUCACAGUGGCGGAUCCAGAACAUGAACUCCUUUCACGGUGGCGAAUCCAUGACAUAACCUUUUUUGGGGAAGUGAACUACAUGAAAGGAGAGAAGGAAAAAUGAUUCCUCUUUUUCUGUUUUUUAAUUUAACUAGGGGUAAAAUUGUAAUUCUGCGGGUUAAAAAAUUCAAAACAAUCUCGUUUGACA